AUGUCUUGUCCAAUUGAUGACGUCCUGAAAAUAUAUUACAUGAUUCUUGCUGUCAUUGGAGUUCCUGCUAAUUUACUGACGAUUGUGAUCCUAUCCCGCAGAAAGUGUGGCCUCUCAACAUGCACAACACGCUAUCUGGUGGCCAUGGCACUGGCGGAUCUCAUAGUCAUUAUGAUAAAUGCUGUACUGUGGCAUAUCAGCUUUUAUUAUUUCCCAGGGACAUUCCUGGAUAUUGCCCCUGUGUGUAGUCUCAAAACUGUACUGGCUUCUGCAACUACAGACUGUUCUGUCUGGUUCACUGUCGCUUUCUCCUUUGAUCGAUUUGUGGCCAUUUGUUGCCAGAAGCUGAAAGUGAAAUAUUGCACCGGGAAAACUGCAGCCUUGGUUCUCACAGUAACCUGCAUCCUGCUCUGUUUAAGAAACAUCCCAUACUACUUUACAUUUGAACCAUUGAUGAUAAUUGACAGUGUACCGUGGCUCUGUACUGUGAAACCAAGCUAUUAUGCUGAUCCCGGAUGGGUGGGAUUUGAUUGGUUUGAUCGGAUUUUAACCCCUUUGCUCCCAUUCACUUUAAUUCUGUUAAUCAAUGCUCUGACAGUCCAACACAUUUUAGUAACUAGUCGAGUACGUAAAGGACUGAGAGGUCAGAGCAAUGCAAAGAAUUCUCGAGACCCAGAGAUGGAGAGUAGAAGGAAGUCUGUCAUUUUACUCUUCACCAUAUCGGGCAGCUUCAUUGUCUUGUGGUCAGUGUAUGUUAUCGAAUUCUUAUACUCUAAAAUUACAGGAACAAAUCCUGCAGAUUACACACUUUCUGAAUUUAUAUUUCAACAAAUUGGAUGGAUGCUGCUCAAUCUAAAUUGCAGCAUAAAUACCUUCAUUUAUGGGUUGACUCAGUCCAAAUUUCGAGAGCAGAUCGAGAAGAUGUUGAAAUAUCCUGUCACAGCAAGUAUUCGAUUAAUGAAGAAAUAA